AUGGUGUUAAUACUUACACGUAUUUAUACAUUAUUACAACGACCAAAUAAAAAUACAAAUCCAUUAAAUAAUGAACAUGUUAAUAAAGAACAAACAAUAAUUGAUAGUUCAUCAAUAAUAUCAUCAUCAGAUAAUAUUCUUAUUGAACUUGUUGAAGAAUUAUAUGCACGUACUAAACAAUCAUCAACAUUACCAUAUGAAGCUUUACUUUUAUUACGUCCUUCAUCAUUAUUACUUGAACACAUUAGUUUUUUUUCGUGCUUUAAUUAA